AUGUCCAAAUUCGUCCAACCGCCUCAACCACCGCGGCAGAAAAUACCUAAAGAUGGUCCCGGACCCAGGGGAGCUCCUGACUGUUAUUAUACAUCAAGAGUUCUCAACUCCACAUUCCGCUACGUGAAAUUUGUGAAAAAACUUCGUGCUCUAGAGGAAGAUCAACGAAAAGGAGCUGAGAAUAAGUUGAAAGAACUCAAAGAUCAACAAAACAGUGACUUCUUUAUAAGAUGUGAUCGAAGAUCUCUAAUAAACAACGUGGCGCGUCGCGUGGACCUGUGCAUGGCGUCGUAUGAAGAUGAUUUGAAGGAAAAAAGAAAAAGAAAGAGACGAUUCAAACCAAACACUUUAUCCAAAAGACUAAUAGAUUUAUACCAACGUGAGGAAGAAGAUAAUAUUCGCAAGUUCGUGGUUCAAGCUCAGGCUGGCGCGGAAGCCGUGUGGAACGAUAAGAUGAACAGACUACAGUAUCUGUUGGAAAAACGCAAGAAAGAACACGAGGAAAAAUAUAAAGAUACGCCUCUAUCAAAAUGCGUGCACGUCCUACCCUGUAUAUACAAACUCCGUGCAAAGGAAGCCGAGGAAAUACAAUUGUAUCAAAUACGAGAGAAGCAAGCGAGGAAGAUGGCUGAGAUUGAACUAGACAAGAUGUGGCACGAGGUCGCUAUGAGGGAGGCUGAGGCUUUGGCUGCUAGAAUGGAACAAGACGCAAUCGAACGUUUAAGAAGAGAUCUAGACUGUAAAGAAUAUACGGACUAUCAGCUCGAGCAGAGAAGAAUACAGAAACAGAAGGAGAGGGAGAUGUUAAUAGAAGAAGCGAAGAGAUUCAAGGCUAUCUGGGACGAAGAUAUAAGGAAGGAACAGGAAGCUGAACGUCAAGCGGCAGAGAGAAGGAAGGAAACAGCUGUAGAAAGAAAAAAGAUGAUCGAAGAAAAGCAUAAACUACAAGCUAUUAUGAAAGAACAAGAUAAUAAAGUUACAGACACGUGGGACGCUCUCGCGGGGCAAGGAAGAGAGAAAGAGAUAGAAAUGAUGGAAUUGAGAGGGAGGAAAGAGAGAGAACUAGAUAUAUGCAACAAGAAUCUCAUAGAAUUAAAGAAACAAUACGCUGAAUGGGAGAAAACUAAUGAAGCGCCCAUGGCAGAAGAAGCGAGAAGGAGACAGGAAUAUAUGGAUAGAAAGAGAUGCGAAUAUCUGAGCUGGGCGCAAAAAACGAAUAAGGAAGUCCGUGAAGCGAUGGUGGAUCAAAUAAAAGAGCGCCAGGAAGCCAGAGAGAAGUUGAAACAGAAGAUAGCUGAACAAGACGAGUACCAUAGACAACUGUUCAAACAACUAGAACAAUUGGUCGACCAUAAACAAGUUACAGACGCACAGAGACGAAAAGAACACCAGAAGAAUCUAUUAGAACAGAUAGAAUACAACAAGAUGUUAAAGGAGCGCGCACGUCAAGAAGAAUUGGAACAAAUAAAGAAAUGCCAGCAGGCCUCAGAAGAAUACCAACAAGAAAUAAAUAGAAUGCUAUGCAGGCCAUUCUUCAGUGACGAGAUACACCCGUUUAUGAAACAAAUGGCCAAAGGACUUAAGAUGAGAGAAAAGUGCCCAUGCUCCAAACCUGAUUAUUGCAAAUAG